AUGCAUACACUUAUUGUUAUUAUUAUUACUAUUAUUGUUAGUUUUCUACAAUUCAAUAAUAUAUUAUGUCAAUCAGAAUAUGGAAGUUUUUUUCCAAUACCAUUAACUAUACCAUAUGAAGAUCCUAAUUUUCAACGAUGUCCUAGUGAAACUGGAGCAUAUGUUCAUACAACAAAUUGUUCACUUUUUCAUCAUUGUACAUUUGGUAUUCAUAGAAUUUAUUCAUGUAUUGAUGAAUUCUUUUUUAAUCCAAUUAGUAAUCGCUGUCAACGUUUAUCAAUGGAAAAAGAAGUUAAAUGUGAAGUAAUUCUUCAAAAAAUGAUGGAUUUAGAUUUUUAUCCACUUAUUGAAAUCGUUAAAGAUUACGAAUAUCAUCAUCAUCGAAAAUCAGCAACAUCAAAAUGUAUUCAAACUGGAAUUUAUCCAGAUAUACUCGAUUGUUCUCUCUUUCAUUAUUGUCAUGAAAAUAAAUAUCAUGAAAUAUUUAAAUGUUCAAAUGGACUUCAUUUUGAUCCAAAAACAUACAUGUGUUUACCUUCUCAACUGGUUAAUUGUCAAUAUGAACUAUCAACAAAAAUAGAAGAUGAUAUAAUUACUAUUUGUCAUAAUUAUGCACCUGGAACAUAUUUACCUGUACCAAAUCGUUUUGAUGAAUUUAUAAUAUGUAAAACUGAUGAUAGAAGUAUUUCGAUGAAAUGCAAAUCUGGUUUGAUUUAUAAUGCAUUGACUACAGCUUGUGAGAAAGGACCUUGUACUUUUGAUUCAACUUUAUGUAAAAAUGAAGGUCAAUGUAUAGAUGAACCAACAAAUGAGAAAGGGUUUAAAUGUAUAUGUUCGAAUCAAUUUCAAGGAGAUUUUUGUGAGAAAGAUAUCAAUCUCAUAGAAACAACUGAACAAGUAAAUUAUAGAGAUAUAAUGGCAAAAAAUUCUAAUAGUUUUCUUCAACAAAACAAUUUUGAUGAAACAACACACAUACCAUAUACUGAAAAAGUAAUUACACUUCGAAAGAAUAAAUCUAUAAUAACUACCAAAGCCUCAAUUCAUUUAUCACAAAAUAAACCAUUAAUUUAG